CAUCACAAUUUAAGACAAACAAAAGCUACCAAAAAUGACACAGAUGAUGAUUAUCUCAUUGUUGUUCCUCUCUUUCAUAAUCUUAGGUUUUUUGGGCACGGUCGAGUCACGUGGUGCACGGACGUACCUAGAGGCGCAAUGUCAACCAACGUUAUACGCCGAUCUAUGUGUAAGAACUCUCUUACCAUAUGCGGAAAAAAAUGAACUCCCUAGCCCGCAAAAAAUAGCUCAAAUUUUACUUACUACAUGUCUAGACAAAGCUCGGAUCUUAAAGGCUUAUGUGGACAAGAUAGCAAAAGCAUAUUAUAACAAAAUGAAAAAUCCUGAAGAACACCAAGACUUGGCAGACUGCGUGAAUCAGAUUAAGGACAAAGUGAACCAAAUUACUCAAUCUGUCAAGAAGUUACAAAAGAUGGGAAAAGACGGGGAGGAGAAAUUUGCGCGGCAAAGCUGGGUCAGGGCUUCCCUAACGGAUACGAAUACAUGCGCCGAUGGUUUUUCAGGGAAUGAAAUUGAGAGCAAGGCAAAAAGUAUGAUCAAAGAAAAGUUUCUGAACGUGAAACAACUUGCUAGCAAUUCUUUUGUGCUGUUAAAUUAA